CGGCGCACUGGCGGAUGCCCGCGGACUCCUCCUUCCCAGGAGCCCCGGGGCCGGACGCGAAGAUGGCGGCGGCGAGCGCGGCCGGCUCCCCCUGAAGCCGCAGCAAUGGAGCCUCCCCCAGCGCCGGGGCCGGAGCGGCUCUUUGACUCGCAUCGGCUUCCGAGUGACGGCUUCCUGCUCCUCGCGCUGCUGCUCUACGCGCCCGUCGGGUUCUGCCUGCUGGUCCUGCGCCUCUUCCUCGGGCUCCACGUCUUCUUGGUCAGCUGCGCGCUGCCAGACAGCGUCCUCCGCAGGUUCGUGGUACGGACGAUGUGUGCUGUGCUGGGGCUCGUGGCCCGGCAGGAGGACUCUGCACUCCGGGAUCACCGCGUCAGGGUCCUCAUUUCCAACCACGUGACACCUUUUGACCACAACAUAGUCAACCUGCUCACCACCUGUAGCACCCCUCUGCUCAAUAGUCCACCCAGCUUUGUGUGUUGGUCUCGGGGCUUCAUGGAAAUGGAUAGGCGGGUGGAGUUGGUGGAGUCACUCAAGAGAUUCUGUGCUUCCACGAGGCUUCCCCCCACAUCUCUGCUACUCUUCCCCGAGGAAGAGGCCACCAAUGGCCGGGAGGGGCUCUUACGCUUCAGUUCCUGGCCAUUUUCUAUCCAGGAUGUGGUACAACCUCUUACUCUGCAAGUUCAGAGACCCCUGGUCUCUGUGACGGUGUCAGAUGCCUCCUGGGUCUCAGAACUGCUGUGGUCACUUUUCGUCCCUUUCACGGUCUAUCAAGUAAGGUGGCUUCACCCUGUCCAUCGCCAGCUGGGGGAGGGGAAUGAGGCAUUUGCACUCCGUGUACAACAGCUGGUAGCCAAAGAAUUGGGCCAGACAGGGACACGGCUCACUCCAGCAGACAAAGCAGAACACAUGAAGCGGCAGAGGCACCCCAGAUUGCGCCCCCAGUCAGCCCAGUCUUUCUCUUCCUCUUCUGGCCCUUCUCCUGAUGUACAGCAGACAACUCUGGCUCAUAGAGUCAAAGAAGUUUUGCCCCAUGUGCCAUUGAGUGUCAUUCAGAGAGACCUGGCCAGGACUGGCUGUGUAGACUUGACCAUCACUAAUCUGCUUGAGGGGGCUGUGGCUUUUGUGCCUGAAGACAUCACUGAGGGCGCUCAGUCCCUGCCCACUGCCUCUGCCCCGAAGUUCCCCAGCUCUGGCCUGGUGACCCCUCAGCCCACAGCCCUGACAUUUGCCAAGUCUUCUUGGGCCCGUCAGGAGAGCCUGCAGGAGCGCAAGCAGGCACUUUAUGAAUACGCAAGAAGGAGAUUCAGAGAAAGACAGGCCCCGGAGGCUGAUUGAACUCAAAGAAACAGGAUGGCACCCAGAGCCGCAGGACGGAGACUGGGGGCAGCCCUCAUCCAACUGACAUCAGGCCGGAUGAGUGGGUGGUAAAAAAGGGAGGGAUGGGGCACCCCCAAUCUCACAUUAAAUUCAGGGUUUUCACUCA